GCCACCUGCCCGUGAAACUGGUGGUAGAUUGUUGCCCUCGGGUCGCUCCGGGGCGGGGACACGGAAACUGGCCAUGGAAGGUACGUCGGGGGCUCGGGAGCCCCGGGCCCGGCCUAGAGAGCGGGACCCUGGCAGGCACCCCCGCCCGGACCGAGACCGCCACCCCGAGCGACACCGGGACCGAUCCGGGGACCGGCGGAGGGAGAGAAACGGGGGCGAGCGGAGGGACGGGGACCGGGACAGGGGAAGGCACCAAGACCCUCGCCAGGACAGACACCGGGUAGCGGACCUUCGCGCCGGUGAACAAAGAGUCUGGGAAAAGUCCCAUCAAAGUCGGACGCGGGACAGACCCCGGAGGCCGACCUGGGACGCAGCCCCGCCCCCCUGGCCCGCACCUUGGGAAACCCCGGAGCUACCGCCCCAGAGGAAGGAGCGCUUCGGAGCCAGUGGCCCGGCAAGUUACAGUGAACCCACUGCAGGGAGAUACCUGCCCUCGAACCCCAGGUCUGGACUAGAGGAAGUGGAAUAUUACCAGUCAGAGGCUGAAGGACUCCUGGAUUGCCAUAAAUGCAAAUACUUGUGCACUGGAAGAGCCUGCUGCCAGAUGCUGGAGGUGCUCCUGAACUUGUUGAUCCUGGCCUGCAGCUCUGUGUCUUACAGUUCCACAGGGGGCUACACGGGCAUCACCAGCCUGGGGGGCAUUUACUACUACCAGUUCGGAGGCGCUUACAGUGGUUUCGAGGGUGCCGAUGGCGAGAAAGCACAGCAGCUGGACGUCCAGUUCUACCAGCUGAAGCUGCCCACGGUCACUGCGGCCAUGGCCUACAGCGGAGCCCUCAUGGCCUUCUGCUGCCUCCUUGUCCUCCUGGGCGUCCUGCGGGUCCCGUGGCACUGCCCCCCAUGGCUGCUGAUUGAAGGCUUGUUGGACGUGCUCAUCGCGGGGGCCUACGUCCCUGCUCUGUACUUCUACUUCCACCAGCUCUCGGCUGCCUAUGCGUCCCCGGUGUGCAGAGAGAGGGAGGCGCUGUACCAGAGCAAAGGGUACAGCGGCUUCAGCUGCACUUUCCACGGGGGGGAUAUAGGAGCUGCGGUCUUCGCCGUCCUGAGCAUUGGGCUCUUUGCUCUGGGGGCUGUGCUGGCCAUCCGCGGUUACCGGCAGGUCAGGAAGCUCAAAAAGAAGCCUGCAGAGAUGUUGGAGUUUUAGGCCUUUUAAGCCAAUCAGCCAAAUGUCAGCGGUGGAAGUUAUUCCGAACCACUGUCUUUCAUGGAAUACUUGUCCAUGGGCCUUGCCUGCAGUUGAAGAGGGUGGGACUAACAUCAGUGUCCUGGGGGGGCCAACAUCGGUGUCCUGGGGGGCCCAACAUCGGUGUCCUGGGGAAACUCCAGGUUACACGGAGUAGCGUUCUCUGAGGUUAUAAGUUCUUGAGUCCUCUGCUGGUGAGCGAGUCAAAGUUACUGAAACAGACCAAAACUGGAAGUCAGGACCCAUGAGGAAAAGGCACGGGCUGCAGCGAAAUGCACUUUUGAUUAGCUCAAGGGAGAUAACCCCGUGAAUCUGAAGAACCUUAUGUUCCAAGUUGGUGGAAAGCCCCAUACACUGGAGACAGCAUUCUGGCUUGAACUUUUGUAAACACAGCUGUCUUAAGUGGAUGAGCCCCAAAGUUUUUCCACACUGAGGGCUUGGAUCCUUCACUUCCUUGAUGCUCUGCAGGCAGGGUGUAGGGAAGCUGGCGAGACUCCGCCUGUAAGUUGGAGGUAGGCGUGGGCCGAGCAAAGAGGAAUCAGAUUCAUUCACUGGGCUGCAAAGAAGCUAUUCUAACAAGCCCCUUCCAACGGCCUUGAAAACUCAAUAAGUGUUUUGUACCUCUUGUAAAUGUACCAUUGUAUGGAGAAUUAAACCCAACAUCUGGAAUUCAGGAUCCAUCCAGAAUAAAAGAAUGUAAAAUCUU